ACUGCAUAGUUCCGCGACAUCUAUACUUGACAUUUAAAAGCGCUCGGCUAUUUGUGGUGUGUUUGGUAAAAGCCGAACAUAUGUCAAAAAGUUAACCUAGGAAAAUGAGCAGGAGAUUAUUAAUUGCUUUACGAUAUCCUAAAGCGGAUAUUGUAGAUAUUAAUAAUGAUUUUAGGAAUAUUAUUUUAUGGCUUGAAGAAAAUAAAAUUAAAAUUGCCGAUAGCAGCUUGGUCAAUUCCUUAAAAAACAUUAAUUCACCAGAUUGGAAUAAGUCGUUCGAGCAAUACAAAUCUGAGCUUGGGUGUCCAUUAUUCAAGAGCAAUGUCGAAGAUUUACAAUGGAUUUUGGGUUAUGCCAUCCAAGUAGAAACUAUGAAAGACAAAAACAGAUAUUUAAAACAUGCUGUGGAAAACUUAAAAAUUUCAAAUAAACCAGAUGUUGUGGCAGAAAAUCCUCUAGAUAAAUUAGACUUCAAAGGCAAAGAUUUUGAAACAGGCAUAACUGAAUUAGCAAAAAUAUUAGAUGUUAAACCUCACCCUGACCCACUUAAGACACUAAGGGCUGUAAGAAAAGUGGUAGAGACUAGACUUAAUGCUAAAGCAGUGGAAAACCCUAAGGAUUUUAUAGUUACGGGAACACCAUUUCCUUUUCAAGAUGCAGAUCUGGGUUUUGAUUUAAAGGAUCCUGUCUUAAAUAGAGCAGCAAAGAUCUUAAGAAUGUUAUAUAUUCACAACUUAAGAGAUUUACAAACCAAAGCAAAUGAAUUGAUCGUAGCUGUUCAACUUGUGACUGCAAAUCCCAAAACAGAUACUAAAUUGGGUAAAGUUGGACGAUAAACAAAUUAAUUAGUAACGACUACAUAACAUAUUUAAUAUAAUACAUGGCAACAUAUAGGCUGACCAUAAAUCAAUUGUUUUGUAACUUGCUUUUAGGAAAAUGUAUGUUUUUCUAUUGAAUUAUUAAUUACGAAAGUAAUGUGAAUACAUUGAAUAAAUUUGUUCUUAAAUCGCUCUUAUUAAUUGUUUACUUAUAUAUUAUAUAAGUAUAAAAAACUGAUAAUGAAUAAUUAAAUGAUUUUUUUUCUUGGUUUAUAUUUAUUGUAACAAGUCUACCUUCUUCAAUUAAUAUGAAUUUUUUAAAGAAAACUUAUUUAUAAAUACCUCGGACAUAUAUGACUAUUGUAUUUAAGAAAACAAAAUAAAUUGGAGAAAGUUGUA